CUUCGAGACGCACAGCAAAAAACACCCGGGAUAUACACACGCACCCAGAAGUCAGGACCCAAAACUAAAAUCUGAAAACUAAAAACUCAGAGCAAGAUGAAGGUGUUCAUUGUACUGUGCGCAUUGGUGGCCUGCGUUUCCGCAGGAGUGGUGCGAUCCUCGGGCUGGGGAUCGAAUCCUUGGGGCGGCAGCAGUUCGGGCUGGAACAGUGGGUGGACCGCCCAACAGCCGCAGGUCAUCAAGGUCAUCAAGCUCGGAGGAGGCGGUGGCGGCCACUCUGGAUGGGGCAAUAGCGCCGGAUGGGGUGGCAACUCCGGAUGGGGCAGCGGCAGCUCUGGCUGGAGCAGCGGCAACUCUGGAUGGGGCGGCAAUUCCGGAUGGGGCGGCGGCAACUCUGGCUGGAGCAGCGGCAACUCUGGAUGGAACGGAAACUCCGGAUGGGGCAGCGGCAACUCUGGCUGGAGCAGCGGCAACUCUGGAUGGUGGUAAAGGAUUAGGAUUACCUCUAAGCCCAACACACAAUCACAAUCCCAAUACCAAUCCCAAAUCCCUUUCUCUCUGCACCUGGUUCACACUUCACAUGAUUUUGUAACAUAGUUUUUAAGUA